GCGGGCCCGGGGCUCGGAGCGGGCGCUGCCGGCGGGGAGCGCUGCCAGCGGCAUGGCCCUGGCCCCGGCCCCGGCCCCGGGCGGGCCCCCGCCGGGCGGCACCUCGGCCGGGGACAUGGAGCGCUAUUACCGCCUGCUCCGCUCCGCCGCGCUGCUGGAAGCCGCCGCCGAAACUGCAAUACCCAUGUGUGCAAAGGACAUCAGUGAAGAUCUGAUGAAGGAGUUUGCUUUUCUGUCUGGGGGAAGAGGGAAGGACAAGGCUUGGAUAAUCACCCUCCCUGACAAUGCUGGCUUCAACGAGGUGCCUGAGGAGAAGGUGUCCAAAGUGCUGACCUACCUGACCUCAGUCCCAAGUCAACACGAGUCUGACACUAAAUUUAUCCUGAUCCUGGAUAGGAGACUGGACACAUGGACAUCAGUCAAAACGACUCUCCAAAAGAUAGCAGCCUCCUUCCCAGGGAACCUGCACCUGGUGAUGGUUCUGCGCCCCACGGGCUUCCUGCAGCGCACCUUCACCGACAUCGGCUUCCGCUUCAGCCAGCAGGACUUCCUGCUCAAGCUGCCGGUGGUCAUGCUGAGCUCGGUGAGUGACCUGCUGACCUACAUCGACGAGCAGCAGCUGACCCCAGAGCUGGGGGGCUCCCUGGAGUACUGCCACAGCCAGUGGGUGGUCUUCAGGACGGCCAUUGAGAGCUUUGCUCUGACAGUGAAGGAGAUUGCCCAGCUGCUGCAGUGCUUUGGCACCGAGCUGGCAGAGACUGAGCUGCCCGAGGACAUGAACUCCAUCGAGCACAUCCUGGCCCUGCGCACCCAGAGGUACUGCCAGCUCAAGGAGGAGAUCACAGCAGUCACAAAGGAGGGAAAGCUGCUUCUGAGCAGCUUUGAAGAGCCUGGCUCUGGGGAGUGCAGUGAGGAGCAGCAGCAGGAGAGGCCUGGGGACUGGGAGACUGUGAACAGGUUGCUUGGUCAGCUGCAUGAGAUGGAGACUGCCUUUGAUGGCUUCUGGGAGAAACACCAAUUAAAAAUGGAGCAAUAUCUGCAACUCUGGAAGUUUGAGCAGAGUUUUCAAGAGGUGAAGAAUGCCAUUGAGUUUUUAAUGGGCCAGCAGGCAGAGCUGCCUGACACUGGUGACAGCAUCCCCCAGGUGAAGCAGAGGCUCAAGGACUUGGAGCAUUUCCAUGGCUUGGCUCAGGAGCUGAUAGGCAAGGCUCAGGUGGUGAUCCUGCACGGGCACCAGCUGGCAGCCAACCACCACUACGCCCUGAACCUGAUCUGCCAGCAGUGCAACGAGCUGCGGCACCACGGCGACCUGCUGGCCGAGGGGCUGGGCGGCAAACGGGCUCAGCUGGAGGGCACGCUGGAGCUGCACACCCGCCUGCAGCAGGCUCUGCAGUGCUGUGAUGAAGGUGCCUACCUGCUUGCCAACCAGCAGAUGGACAAGUGCCAGUCUAAGGAAGGUGCUCAGAAAGCUCUCCAGGACAUAGAGAAAUUUCUUGAAAGCUCUUCAGCCUACUUGAACUGUGACCCCCAAGCCCUAUACUAUGAUUUUGAGUCAGUCUUAACACCUGAGUUGAAGUGCCAGGUGCAGGCCGUGCAGCUGAAGCUGGACAACGUCCGCAGCCUGUUCCAGAGCCGCCGCUCCUGCUUCAGGAGGCUGCUGGACAAACACGUCCGGCCCGUCCAGCUGGUGGCUCCUCGCCCAGAGACCCCUCCCAGAUCCAAGUCACCCUUGUUCUCUCCUAAACAUGGUGUAGAUUUUAAUUCCAGUUUGAAAUUUUCAUUUGAUCUCUCUCUCCCUGGGAAGAAAACUUCAAGAAAAACUCCAAGUUCUCGCAAGAUUGAAGUCAUGCACGACUACCAGGAGAAGAGGAAUUCCCUGCAGUAUUUUAUUUCAGACAGUGAUGACAGCUUAGAGAUACUGAAAGGCCAUGUGAUAAAUGAGCUCAUAGAGACAGAGAGGGUGUAUGUGGAGGAGCUCUUCACUGUUUUGACGGGCUACAGAGCUGAGAUGGACAAUCCUGCCAUGCUGAUCCUGCUGCCCCCCGUGCUGAGGACCAGGAAGGAUGUUCUCUUUGGGAACAUGCCCGAGAUCUACGAGUUCCACAACAAAAUUUUCCUGCACAGUUUGGAGAACUGCCUGGGAGCACCUGAGAGAGUGGGAUGUUGUUUCCUGGACAGGAGGGAGGAUUUCCAGAUGUAUGAGAAGUACUGCCAGAACAAACCCCGCUCUGAGUCCCUGUGGAGGCAGUGCUCCGAGAGCUCCUUCUUCCAGGAAUGCCAAAGAAAAUUGGAGCACAAGCUGGGGCUGGACUCCUAUCUGCUGAAGCCAGUGCAGCGCCUGACAAAGUACCAGCUGCUGCUGAAGGAGCUGCUGAAGUACAGCACGAGCUGUGAUGGGGUUCAGGAGCUGCAAGAGGCUCUGGUUGCAAUGCUGGAUUUGCUGAAGUCAGUCAAUGACUCCAUGCAUCAGAUUUCAAUCACAGGAUAUGAUGGUGACCUGAGCGAGCUGGGGAAGGUGUUGAUGCAGGGAUCCUUCAGUGUUUGGACAGGACACAGAAAAGGGCCAACAAAAAUGAAGGAUCUGGCCAGGUUCAAGCCCAUGCAGAGGCACCUGUUCCUGUAUGAGAAAGCCUUGGUCUUCUGCAAGAAGAGAGAGGAGCACGGGGAUGGAUAUGACAAAACCUCAUCUUACAGCUUCAAGCACUUCCUGAAAAUGAGUGCAGUUGGAAUAACUGAGAAUGUGAAAGGAGAUCAUCGGAAAUUCGAGAUCUGGUACAGUGGCAGAGAAGAGGUGUACGUGGUGCAGGCCCAAACAGUAGAUCUGAAGAUGGCAUGGUUGAAUGAAAUUAGAAAAAUUUUGUUCAAGCAGCAAGAGCUUAUAAAAGCAGUGGAGAAGCAGCAGCCUGGCUCGUGCUCGGAGCAGCCCCUGCUCUCCUCCCAGCUGGGUGACAGGAAGCAGCAGAGAGCCUCCAUCAGCUCGGAGGAGAACGACUCGGAGCGCACCAGCCCGGUGCUCGACAUGGGGCUGCUGUCCCCCCAGAGCAAAGCCCACAGAGGCUGGCCAGGAAUGUCCCAGUCGCUGGAGAUCUGCGAGGGGCUGGAGGAGUGGUCGGGGCAGCAGUACCUGUCCAACUGCUCGGACACCGAGGAGGAGGAGGGCAACCAGCUGUCUCCAGGAAAGUACAAAGCCCUUGCAGACUGCAAGAGGAGAGGAUCAGAGGAGCUGCUGGUGAAAAACGGGGAUGAAAUUCAGCUCGUGCAUGAGGACGGUGAGGGACAGUGGUUGGUGAAAAACCUGAACAGAAGAAAAGAAGGCUGGGUCCCUGUGCACAGUCUGCAGAUUGUAGUCGGUGACUGCAGGUUUCGGAAUGCCAAAGUUGCAGAUUUCAUUGCAAGAGCACUGGGUAGAAGACUGGGGAGAAGAGAUGGAGUCUGACCAGGGAUUCCUGUGACUGUUCUCCUCCCUGCUGUAGUUCAAGGCCCGUGUGAACAGCAGGUACCUAAAAAUCUGCUCCUGCUGCCAGAGACGUGGUGGCCUGACCCAGCUCUGUAAAGGCAAUACUUCCUCCCUGCUGCCUCACUGCUGCCCUCACUGCUGCCUCACUGCUGGGUAACCCAUCCUUAGAUCAAGUUUAUCAUGAGCAGGUUACCAGGUUUCAGCCAAAGGCUUAGAGUCUCCAAGCCCAUAUUUCUCAUUUUCUAGCUGUAACUGUACAUAGGAACAGGGAAACAUAGGAGAUGACACAAGAAAAUGCCUUAAGAGCAGCCUGUUGCCCUUGCCAUGCCUGCAGUGUCACUGCUCCAUGUGUGCCUCAUCACCAUGCUGUCCUCUGCAAGUGGGAGACCAGGGUUGGAAUGGAACAGCUCAGGAAGCCCACAUAGGCUCAGUCCAUAAAACAAUAAAAAUGCUACUUAUGACUGCAUGAAGCAAAUUUUGCAAGGAGGUUUCUCUUUAAACACUUCUUUCUGUCACAAUCUAUUAUUUUGAUGAAUGUGAAGGAAGCCAUCUGAAAGGCAUAAAAUUCUUGAUGGUUUUUGGUACAUUUCAGUGAAAUCCUUGCUAUAGAGGAAGGUUUUUUAUCCCCUUUGUUGCAGGGCAGUCAAAUCUCACAGGUUGAGGGUUUGCUGAUUUUCUGUCAGGGGUGGUUUUUGAUAACCAGUGUUCAGGGUUUACUGGCACCCUGUUUCCAAGAUGCAGUUAUGGCUCCCUUGAUCUUCUCUCCAUGUGGAGCUUCCCCAGCCCCUCUGCAGAAGGGUUUCCAGCUGGGAAUGCAUCUCAAAAAAAGGGUGCUGGGCAACUUUGAACCCUGGUUUGCAUUGUCGGUGGUCAUGUCCCCAAAAUCCUGGAGACUGUCAGCUCCAGGCUGGUUUAUAAAGUUGCUGAGUACAAGCUUAGGGGAAUUGCAUGUGGUGAAAGUGCCAGCUGAGAGUGGCACAGCCCUGCCAGGCACUGCAGAGCUGUGCCCAGGGCUGGGAGCACUGAGGCUCUGCUGUUCUGAUCAUGCCUGCAGUCCUCAGGCAGGAUUCUCAUCUUACCCACACUCCAGGAAAUCUUGUAGGAUGUUCUGUGCUGUUUCCUGGAGCUUUUCAGCCAUGUGUCCUUGCAGCCAGAAGCAACUUGCACUCUGAAAAUUCAUUUUUCUGCAGUCCUUCUGCACUCAGCAGUUCUGUCACCCUGGGGCUGGUGGCUUCACCCUGCAGGUGACACUGCAGCACUGGCUCCUCAGGGAUGCUCUGGGCUGGGCUUUCCUGCUGCUGCAGAAGAUGGAGCUCUUGCUCCAGAGUAGCAGAGGGAGAAUUGGGCAGGAGGGAGCAGCAGAGCUCUCUAGGAUUGUGAGCUGCUUGUGCUGAAAUGCUGUUUGCAUGUUAGCCAUGUCAACCCCACUCACCUUGUGGGGUCCCCAAGAGCUUGGAGAGGGUUGGAGUCACUUCAGUGCUGGGGGAGAGGCAGCUCUGGCCUUUUGUGGGGGCACUGCCUGUCUCAUUGCUCAGCUCCAGGGUCCCCUGAUUAAAACUCUGUGUCCAAUCACAGAAUUGCAGAGCAGAAUUAAUACAAAUCUGGGGCUUGGGAAUCUUUUCAGGGCAAAACCUUUAUCUGAAUAGAAUAAAUAAUUCCCUUACCUUCACACUUUUCCUUGGCUUUGUGCUGUGGCUGAUACCUGCAUGCCUACAGGCUGUUCCUCUCCCCUCCUGCUAAUUAAUCAUUCCAGUGUGGAGCCAAUGCAAAUCAAAAUGAAGUUACAGGGAUCUUUUUGCUGUCCAUUUUAAGUUAGCAGAGGGGUGUUUAAGUGCUUCACUCCCCAGCCAUUCCAGCUUUGCAAAUCCACACUCCUGUAAAUCUUGGCCUGGAUAUAAGCCAUGAGAUUCUCUGGGAGGAAGGUGGCUGGCCUGGAGAUCAUUUUGAAAAUGAAUUUUCCUUCUGGUGUGCCUCUAGCUGUAAGUUCUGACAUUAGUCCUUGCUGCUUUCUUCCAAACAGAUUUAUUCUCUCUGCUCUGCAAACCCAUGGUGGAUUUUUGUCAUGUGCAUGAAGGCACAGUUUUGUAUUGCAGGUGGUAACAGGCAGAGUUCAAAAUGAAAAAUAUUUGGGGAGAGCUGUGCUCAGAAAGAGCAAUGCUCAGAGUGUAACUGCUGCUGAGGCUUUUGUCCUGUCCCAGUUUCCAGCUGCACACAGCUGUUUGCAGUGUGAGUUUCCAGCUGCACACAGCUGUUUGCAGUGUGAGUUUCCAGCUGCACACAGCUGUUUGCCCUGUCCCUGUUUCCAGCUGCACACAGCUGUUUGCAGUGUCAGUUUCCAGCUGCACACAGCUGUUUGCAGUGUGAGUUUCCAGCUGCACACAGCUGUUUGCAGUGUGAGUUUCCAGCUGCACACAGCUGUUUGCCCUGUCCCUGUUUCCAGCUGCACACAGCUGUUUGCAGUGUCAGUUUCCAGCUGCACACAGCUGUUUGCCCUGCCCCUCAGCACUUCAGUGACUGCAGCCACAGGCUGAUGUGUCUGUGCAGGGUCCCUUAGGGCACUGCUGGUUUUUUUUGGCCUCUGAAGCAUUCAGCAGGGUCUCUCCUAGGACCUGAACAGCUCUGAGAAAAGCAGAAACCAUUGCCAGCCUGACAAAAUCAGGAGCCUAGAGAAGGCACCAGCUGGCCUUGCUGUGCUAAUGGAGUGAGAGAUGAUGGAAAUGAGUCAAACCCUGUGGUCCUGCCUUAGUCAAGGCUCUCACUGAAGCCAGUGGGAGUUCAGCUUUUAGGGAGAAAUGCAGGAGAGCAUUCAUUUUUAUUUUGUUAUACAAAAGUUACUUGAUUACAGGGAACAAUGUAUUUCUUGGAAUAAGAUCUUUAAUAUUAACAUCAUUCUCCAUUACUUUAUAGAUGCUGCCCUGUGUAACACGAGAAAGUUUAGUUCCCCUUGAGUUAAGGGUGAACUGGUAGCAUCCUCUUUUCGAUGCUCUCUGGAACUUUCAGCUCAGUGUUACAGAGAACUAGCACACUAGCUGGAGUUGUCCUGUACAAUUCAUCACAUUCCCAGACCUCCACAGCUCCAUCUGCUCUGAGUGGGACCGGGGUCCUAAGCAGCUUCUCAUGCUCAUAAAGGAAGCCAUUCUCCGCUCUUUGUUUCUUUUUGCCUGUGGAAAUUAUGGUAUUUUAUUGAUUUUUUUCCUGCUGUUUUUCCAUGACAUACAUCAUGUUUCAUCAGAGAAGUGCACUACAGUUUCCUGACACUUUGUUUAGAUGCUUGAAAUUUCCUCUACAGGUUGAAGUAGGUUUUGCCUACUUAUUAGCUGACAACUGUUGAAGUUGCAAACAAGAGUUGAGUUUUGGUAAACCAAAAAGAAAAAAAACCCAACCAAACAAAGAAGCUGUUAUGUCCUGCUUAAUUGAUUUUAUGGGUGGAUUUUUCUCAAGUAUCUGCUUCAGCUAUGUGAAUGUAAUGUUCUGUAAGAGCAUCAUCUGGCUGACUCACAUGUGAGGAUGCAAUAACACUAAAGAUCCUCUCUUUGCACUUAGGGCCUGACUCCAGCCCACUGCAGCCUCCUGAUUUCAGUGAGGUCUGGAUCAGGUCAAACUGACAACUCAGGGUUGUCACCAAUCACUUUAGGGUCCCAAAGUGUCCCAGGGCUGAACCUGUAUCUAGCAAGUGUUGAAGUUUACAUUCAUGUAUGUACUUUUGGAACACGUGCCAUAAAUCCAAGCUAAAUGUCCAUGUUUGCACUAAGGGUGUUCUUGUGAUAAGACUUUUUCAGCAUCUUUAACAACAAUGUAUCUAUUGAAUUUUUGGGAAAGGAAGAAGAUUGAAGACUCAUAGUUUAAUUUUGUGUUUCUUUGCCUAGAUUUGCUUUUGUAGAACAUAGGUAGGUACAGGUGGUUUGAACUUUUAACAGGUGUGUGCAAAGAGCAGCUGAGUGUGUGAAGCAGGGCUCAUGGUGUGCAUGCAGUAGUGAAUUUGCUCUGCCCCAGCCAAAUGAGAUGUUUAUGCCAUGGACUAAAGGGGGACCUUUAUGAUCUGAGUUUUAUUUGUGAACAGCCCUUAGGCACAGCCCCAAGUUCAGUUAAAACAUCCUGGUUUGUGUUGUGGCUGUUUCUGUGUGGAGGAGCUGUGGAAUUGUGGAGCUGCUCCCUGGCUGUGCUUGCCUGGGGGUUCCCAGCCCACAGUGGCCAUUGCUCCACUCUGGGUCUCCAGUUUUGGGGUGACCCUUGUGACCCUCAGGGCUGGGCAAAGCCAGGAGCCAGCAGAUCCUUCAGCCAGGGCAGUCAGUGCAGAGGUGUCCAGCCACUGAAGGUUCUUAUCUAUUUUAAAUCAAUCACAGUGCACUAAUUAGCUGGGAGAGUAGGAGUGUCCUAGGUUCCUGUUGGGGCUGUUUGUGGUGGUAACAGUUCUUGUGGUAACAAUGCACAUUUUGAGGUACAACUGUAAAUAUUUGUCUGAAACAUAGCACACAUUGCAUAUUAAAUGAUUUUAAUCUU